AUGAAAGUAAUUGAUUUGAAUAUUGCCAUAGACAAAAGUAAAAUACAAAAGGAUAAAAUCGUAGGAACAAAUUCUAUUUUUACGAUUAAGAGAGAUGGAACUUAUAAAGCCAGAAUUGUUUGUAGAGGCGAUCAACAAACAAGCAGUAGUUAUAAUGAUAUUGAAACAUCCAUUUUAAGUCUUGAUUCAUUGCGAAUUCUAUUGAUUAUUGCUAACAAUAAGAAGAUGAAAUUAAAGACUUUAGAUAUCAACCAUGCAUUUUUAUAUGCAACCUUAAAUGAAGAGUUGUAUAUACAACAUCCAAAAAAUGCAAGAAAGGUUACUCCAUUAAGAAAGGCAUUGUAUGGACUAAAACAAAGCCCUAAAAGAUGGAAUGAAACCUUAAAAGAGUCUAUGAAUGGUAUGGGUCUAUAUGAUAAUAUUUACUCACCUGGAUUAUUCGUUUCAAAGGAUGGUAAUUUAAUGAUAGCAGCAUAUGUUGAUGAUUGUAUAAUUGCUGCUAGAACAGAUCAAGAAUUAGAUGAAUUUAUAAAUACAUUGGAAAAACAAUUCUCAAUAAAAAUAGUUGGUGGAAUGAAAAAUAAUAUGCUUAAUACAGAUAUUUUGGGAAUGGAUUUGAAUUAUGAUUAUGAAAAAGGGGAGAUAGCAUUAAGCAUGACUAGCUAUAUAAAGAGAUUAGAAAAGGAACAUCCAAUGAUAUUAAAUGAUAAAUUAAAAGAAGAAAUGAUUCCAGAUAUUGAUAAGUUUAAAAUAAAUCCAAAACAAGAUAAAUUAAUUAUGACUAAAGAGGAAUACAAGAAGAAAGUAAGAUAUUUACAAGAGUUAAUCGGUAAAUUAAAUUAUAUUAGGUCUAGAGGAAGAAUUGAUAUAGAAUGUGCAGUAAGUAAAAUGGCUCGAUUAGUUUUAUAUCCUCAUAAAAAGGUAAUUGAGUUAACCGAACAAAUACUAAAAUAUGUUUAUAAAACACAAGAUACAAAGACUGUUUUUAAAAGAGAAGAAGUAGAAAAUAUAUCAAACAUCACGGUGAUUUCAGAUGCUUCGCUAGCAUCUGAAUUUGAUCUUAAAUCAAGAUGUGGUGCAUUAAUAUGGUUAGGAAACAAUUUUUUCCAUGGAUUUUCAAAAAAAUCAUCAAUUUUAUGUACAUCAUCAGCAGAAGCUGAAUUAGAUGCCAUAAAUCAGGCUGAGAAAAUUGCAUUGCUAUUAAAAUUGAAAUUAGAAAAGAUGAUGGAUUUUAAAAACAUAAGAAUAUGUGUAAUUACUGAUUCCAAACCAGCAUUGGACUGGUUGAAACAAGAUUAUUUUAAAGCAAGAACCAAAUUUUUGGGACUUAGAAUUGAAAGAUUAAAAGAAAGAAUAUUAGAUUCAGACUUAAGUCUAAGAAAAAUCAGUGGAAAAGAAAAUCCUGCAGAUCCAUUAACAAAAUCCACUACUAAUAAAGAUAUAAAUAAAUUAAGAAUGAUUGUACAACAUGAAUUAACACCCAAAGAGUUGCUUCCAAUCACUGUCCUCUGGAAUGCUGGUAAUGGAAAUCAUUAA